CUAGACGAAAACCCUGCUAGUGGACUGUGGAAUUCGAGCAGAUCACCAUGGAAACGUACCGUUCGAUACGUUAGAGGAUGGCAAUUCUCAGAAAAGGCAACUGUCAAUAAAGAGCGUUUAAAGAGACACAUAAAUCACACUUUCCGUGAUGGAGUUCCCCCAGCAUUCCCAGCAACUACUAUCAGCUUUGCGUUCCCAACGCCAGCGGGGCUUCCUCUGUGACUGCACCGUCCUGGUGGGCUCAUCCCGUUUCCUGGCUCACCGGGCUGUUUUGGCCUCAUGCUCGCCUUUCUUCCACAUGUUUUACUCAGAUUCCCCGGGGGGUGGCAGUGGAAACGGCACCAACAGCUCUGUCACACUCGACAGUGACAUUGUCACAGCUGCUGCAUUUGGCUUGCUCUUGGACUUUGUCUAUGAAGGUGUGCUGCAGCUGGAGGAGUCUCCACCUGUGGAGGACAUAUUGGCGGCUGCAAGCUUUCUGCAUAUGAACGAGGUGGUGAGAGUGUGCAAGAGACGACUACAAAGACGAGGGCCUCUCGCUGAGGCAGACAGCACUCGCUGUGAAGAGAUCGCCGGUGUGAGGAGGGCAGUAGAGACGGGAAGAGAAGGAGGGGGUGACGGUGGAGCUGAGCCUGUGAUGGCCAUGGCAGGAGAUCACUUGAAUCCAGUUGCCAUGGCAGCGGCACUCUCACCAGUGUCCGUAGUGGCAGAGAGGAGGCAGUUGGAGUCUGUGAAGUCUGAGCGGAGGACUGGUGGGGGGUCAUCAGAGGCACGAGUUCACACUCCUCUGAGCCCUGACCUUGCUGAUACCACCCAGCCAGGCAUGGACGCCCCUCCUCUGCCCCCAGGUGGAGAGCUGGUGCAGGGCCUCAUUGCUGGCCAGUCUGUCCCAGCCUCUGGAGGUCACACCAGUUUGGGGACUGGAGGUCAGGGGGAGGGGUCAGCACUCUGUAGCCCUUGCAGCACCACAGAGACAUACAGCCUCAGCAGCAACCAGCAGCCCUCCUCCUCGUCUUCAUCCUCCCUGGUCCUGGUGAGUCAGGCCGGUGGUCGGUCAGUGGUGGCUCUUUCAGAACCCAGCCUCUCCCCCAGCCCACAUCAGGACAUCCCACAACUGUCUCGUGACAGCGACUCUGUCAGGAAACCUUCAGAGACAGACAACAGAGGUACAUCAGGCGGAGGACAGCAGAUGAUUAUGUUAAUCCAAGCAUCAGCGCCCACCUCACGCUUACAAACCCACCCCACACACUCACAGAUUCAGCGUGCAAAUCCUCCCCAAAUCCGAAUCCAGAACACUGUGUCACUCCAGCACCAAAGCUCUGACUUUCACGGUGCUCCUCAGACACAAACCCUUAAAGGACUCGAGGGGGAUACGGGGACUUCAUCCGCCACUAGAAAUGUGGGGAGAGUGAGAACAGACAACAGUGAAGGAGAGAAUGUGAAAGUCAAAGUGGAGGCCAUUGUUAUUUCUGACGAAGAGCUGGAGGAGGAGAAGGAGGAGAACAGAGAGAUGGGACCAGUGAUGGAAGUGGACGAUGAGUUUGAAGAUGACAUCCAGGAAGAUGAGCUGAACAGCCCCCAGUUUCUCCACUCCCACCCACAAGGCCUCCUGCAGAUGACCUCCCAUUCAAAUGACUACUCCUUUCCUCUCUCCCCCUCCUCCUCCUCCUCCGGCGCCGGCCCCUCCUCCCAGGAAGCCUCCUCCUUCACCGCGUCCCUCAUUCCUCCGUCCGCAGCCCAGCAGCAUUCAGACCCUCCUGCCUACUUCCAGGACUUCCAGGACUCAAUGGGAAACUUUGUGGAGGAUGUCCCCACGUGCGGCGUCUGCGGGAAGACUUUCUCGUGCACGUACACACUGAGGCGGCACGCCAUCGUGCAUACACGCGAGCGCCCUUAUGAGUGCCGCUACUGCUACCGGAGCUACACACAGUCGGGCGACCUGUACCGGCACAUUCGCAAAGCUCAUGACCACACGCUGCCAGCCAAACGCAGCAAGGCGGACAUGGAGCCCUCCCUGCCACCGCAGCCGCCUCCUCCUCCUCCUCCUCUCAGCUAACACACACAGAAACACUAUUGUAUUUCUGUACUUAUACACACACACCUAAACUUCAACCUAAUAUCCUGACUCUAAUUCUGCCUUCAACCUAAAUCAAGUGGGGCUGCAAUUAGCAAUUAUUGCCUCAAUUAAUCGAUUAAUUGUUUUGUGUAUAAAAAGGUGAAAUGUUGAAAAAUAUCCAUUACCAUUUCCCAAAGAUGGCCUCUUCAAACACUAAAAUAAGAAGGUGGCAUCAGAGAAUUUUUCUUCUCAAAUAUAUCAAAAUGAUUACUUGAUUAUCUCGCCCAGUGUCAGCUGGGAUUGGCUCCAGCCCCCUGGUGACUCUUAAGGAUAAGUGAUAUAGAUAAUCAGUGGCUGAAUGGAUUUUGUAUCAAUCAGCUAAUCAUUUAAUUGUCUAGUUGUUGCAGAUCUAAACUCAAGGUUCCUUUAAGUGGUAACAUCAUCACUUUGAAAUAUUUCCAGGGUGUCUUCCGGUCUUUUAAGUCUUACAAUUUUAUUGUAGAAAUUUAUGGUCUUUAUUUCAGUCAUUUAAUCAGAUUUUAAUUAUUAAUUUAUGUUCUUUUUCAGAAAUAAACACUUCCCUGAUAGGAUAAAGCACAUACAAGAUUUUUGAAAAUUAAUUAGGCACAAAUAUGUAAUCAAAUGACCAAAAUGACUCUAUAUAAAGCAGUCUCAACAAGGUGCUUCCCUGUUUGCCCUUACUUAAAAACACAGUCACACAAGUGUCACUUGGUGUGCCACCUCUCAAAUGAAACCAUCCUCCUCAGUUUGCCUAAUAUUUUUAUAUAUAUAUUUUUAUAUCAGCAAACACCCUGGUUGUCUGUGUUGAAGACAUGUGAAUCCCCAUAAGUACAUAAAUACAGUAACUCGUACACACAGAGUAAACACCAGCGGUGACAUCGGCCCUCGUUCAUCAAACCAACACACUUCGUGUUAAUGUGUGACCGUUGUCUACGUAGAACCUUAAACCUGAUCUGAUACUUGUGGUAUUGUGCUACAUUUUGUAAAAAUUAUAAGGCAUUUUACAGUUUAGGUUUGUACUGUUUUAUCUUGGUCUUUUAUUUAUACAUUUGGGUAUAUAAACGAUCACAGACUUUCUUGUUGUAAGAAGAGGAGAUGAUUCAGGAGAUGUAUGAAAAUGUUUGAAAGAGCUCAAUGACAUCCCGCAGCCACUGUGUGCUAUAUCAACUCAAAACACAAAUAAGGGAAACCUGUUGUGCUUUGAAUUUUUAUCAAGUUAAUUUUAGUUGCUGUCUGGUGUUUUAUUUCCAGGACAAAACCAUCAGUUGCUCACGCAGCAGCACAUGCCUGCACAAAUUUUAAAACUAGAAUCAGAUGGUGCCAUUUUAUAACUUCAAAUAUGAGCUUUUACUUGUAUCAGUUUUGAUGUAAACGGUGUAUUUGAUGAAGAAGGAGAUCUACAGUGCCAAAUUGCCUUCACUUUGCCUUGUUUCUUCAUCUCCUUUAGCAGUGCAGUAACGUCUUUGAUUUGGAAAAUUCCUAAAUGAGGCAGCUGACCCAGAAAUGUCAAAAGUGGCAGCUGUACAAACUGACUGAAAUCUCUAAAUGAUGAACAAAGGUGCUUCAUUUUAUUGUAAGGACAAACUUACUCUCAGCACUGUGCCUGUCUUGUCCUGCCUUAUGAUUUCUCCUUCACACAUUUCAUAGACUUUCCUCGGCAUUUCCCAUUGGGGUAAUUAAAAGUUGUCAGAAAUGAAUAAUGGCUUUAAUUGUCCGAGCCUACAUUCCCUGGUAGGACAGCAGUGGAAGUGAGGGAGGAGGAGUGAAUAACUUUUGGGAUUCACCCUUAAUGUGUUCGGCUUCACUUAUUCUGUAGCAAUUCUCCUGUAGUAGAAUACUGAAUAUACAGAAUGAACACACUUACAUGCAGUAAUUCUGCCCUCUCUUUAAAUGUUUAAAUUUCAACUGAAUGUGCCUCGAUGAUUGUUUGACACUUUGAAAUUUGUCCCUCUGAACUAUUUUACAUGUUCUGGCCUAAUGAAAAUUGAUUAGUAUUGGUAUUAUAAUACAAAUCUAAGAGUUUACGAGUGGAUACUCAUAAGGGAAAGCUGAGUCAGUGGUUAUUUAGAGGUUUUCAUGGUAGCAAGUGUGCAAAAUCUAAAUGUUACCCUGUGAAUAAACAGCGUUGAGACUAAA